AUGUCGCAUACAGAUCUCCGCGGCCUCCAGGGGCUCCAUGAUGGACUAAGAACCCCCGAUGCAGAGUCAUUGCGCUCAUUCACUGAGACUAUUCAAGACGAAUACCACGAAUGGGUCAGCGAGUCCGGUCGAUUGUCACAGACUGAUCAAUUAUUGGACAACUUCCCCCAUCCACCGAGAUUGGAAAGUCUAAAUGCAAUUCACGAGGAAGAGAUGGAAGUGUAUCCCACACCAAAUCCUUCUAUCAAGAAUCUGCGUCGACAUGCGACGGCCAAUGAGCUUCCUCUUCUACAGCAAAUCAAUCCAAAUGAGGGAGCACCAGAGUUUAACCCCGUCAGCGAAGAGACCGGCUCAUACGAUCUCAUUGCGCCCUACGAUGGCGGCGAUCUACCACUCUACAAGCUGGAACGAAUUGCCGACAUCAUGUUUUCGUCCGAACACAUGCUCACAAUCCUAAAUAACCCCCGAUAUCUAGCUCGAUUUCGUGACUUUAUUCUCGAAGAACGGCCGCGCUCCAUUUCUACCCUCACGUACUACCUCAACGCCUCCAAGGCGCUUAAGGCAAUUCAAUAUGCUAAUGCGCUCGUCCGCCUCUCAAUUGAUGUGCCUCCCCCAGCAGUACGGACGGACGGGGAAGCCGCCGGGGUGGCGGUGAACCGUGUUUUGGAGCAGCGUGUUGUAGACGGGCUGUUGGCUCUCACUGCCGAGGAGCUCCCUGCAUUUAUCACAGCCAGAUGUAUCAACAUCACAAGCAAGAUCGUGGAGGAGCGAGUCCGAGGAACCUUGCCAAUGAAGUUUCGCGGGACUUCGAAUGCACUGGCAGAAGUAUUUUGCCUGACAGACCCAUCGCGACCUGACAAUCCAAUUAUUUUCGCAUCAGAAGAGUUCCACAGAACAACACAGUACGGCAUGGAUUACGUGCUUGGUCGAAAUUGUCGCUUUUUACAAGGCCCAAAGACAAAUGCGAACAGUGUUCGUCGACUUCGCGAAGCUAUUCACGCAGGCCGGCAUCAUUCAGAAAUGUUUCUCAACUAUCGUCGUGACGGCUCUCCAUUCAUGAACCUGCUCCAGUGCGCACCUCUAUGCGACAGCCACGGCCGUGUCAAAUACUUCAUCGGCGCACAGAUCGAUGUCUCGGGACUUGCAAUGGAGGGAGCCUCGAUGGAAUCCUUGAUGGAACUACAAAAUAAAUACCGCGAUCCCGACGAAGACAGCAUCGCGGAGCCACCAGAAGCAGAAGAGAAGGAUGAGUUCCGUGAGCUGACUGAACUGUUCAGUCCGCGGGAACUCUCCGCUGUUCAACAGUAUGGUGGAAAUCUGUUCCAACCUAUGCAAAGCCUCGCAUAUCCGCAUCACCCGCGAUCAUGGUUCCAGCCCGACGCAUCCUUAGAAAGAGAGACUGAAGCCAUCCGUCUACGUGAGAUGAAAUCGUCCUUUUUCCGGAUGUCAUUUGCGGGCGUGUAUGAGAACUAUCUCCUCGUUCGACCAUACCCUUCCCUCCGGAUUCUGUUCACGUCGCCCGCUCUCCAGAUCCCAGGCAUGCUGCAAUCACCAUUCCUAUCCCGCAUUGGCAGUUCCUCGGCAGUGAAAGAUGACCUACUACAAGCUAUGAAAGUUGGGCGCAGUGUGACUGCGCGUAUCAAGUGGACAACGCGUUCCAAUCCCGACGGUCGCAAUCGAUGGGUCCAUUGCACGCCUCUACUUGCGAGUAAUGGUCAAGUGGGUGUGUGGAUGGUUGUAGUUGUGGAUGAUGGAUGA